CUUUGCGGGUGUCCAGUCCACACGCAGCGAGCUGUUUCUAAGCGAGAGGGGCUGCAAACAUGGAUAACAACAGCAGUUACGCAGAUUUUGGAUCCUGGGGCACUGCUGAAACAGCUGCCAGUCCUGCAGCGACAGGGUCAGCAGCAGCUGCAGCCGCCACUGCAGGGACUGCAGGUUCUUCUGCAAACACCACAGGCUGGCAAGGAUACGAGGGCUAUGACUAUUACAACACACAGACGACAGGCACCGCCUCUACAGCAGCCACCUAUAACUACGGCACAGCAGGCACGUGGGAGACCCCCAAGACAGACCCCAGCUCGACGAGCGGGGACACCAGCAUGAACACGACAGGGUCGAUGGGCAGCACGGCCAAGACCAGCAGCGAGGUGUCCGACUCCCUCAUCGCCAAGAUCAACCAGAGACUGGACCUGCUGUCCAAGGAAAGCGGAGCGCCGGACAGCCAGGAGAGCUCUUUCAGGUUCGAGUCGUUCGAGACCCACGACUCCCGACCGCCGCUGCCCGACCGGGACCUCUACCGAUCUGGCUAUGAAUACGGAGAAGGAGGCGGUGCGGGGGGACUCCCAGCUACAGCAGGACAGCCCGACACUGAGUCCACCUUCGGCAGUCGCUUCGACAACCCCUCCUCCUCAUCUUCCUCAGCAUCCUCGGGGAGCCGCAGACGGGGCCGCGACCGAGGGGGCCGCGACCGAGGGGGCCCCCCCGGGAACCGCGGCGGAGGAAGGGGGCAAAACCAUCACCAUCAGCGGCCCCCCAACCGCGGCCGGGGCAACUACUUUAACCCUCCCCACCACCAGCCCCAUCACCAGCAACAGCACCUCCACCAGCAGCAGCACGGUCGCUACAACAUGCCCCCGUCGAGCUCAGAGAGGCUGUCCGCGCGGUGGAACGAGCUCAACUACAUGGGACCCCGAGGGAUGGGGAUGGGAGGUGGAGGAGGAGGGUGCAACAUGGGCAUGGGCAACAGGCUUCCCUCUCUCUUCUCCCAAGCCCUGGUUCCUGACUAUCCCGGCAUGCAUGGCAGCGGGCCCCCCAUGCCAGGGAUGGGGAUGGGGAUGGGGAUGGGAGGAGGAGGAGGGAUGGGAGGAAGGUUCCCCAUGGGCAACCACUACGGAGGAGGCCGUCAACGCAACGGGAGAAACCGCAUGCGAAAUGAAGGAGACAGCCGGCUGAGACUGCAAGGGGGCCCCAUGUUCCGAAACUUCGACGGGCGGAAAAGGAGGCAGUCCCAGACAGACGAGCCCGACAGUAAAUACCGCAGGACUGACUCCGAGGAGGAGGAGGAGGAGGAGGAGGAGGAAGAGGACUGCGAAGAUGAUGACACCGAAGAUAAAGAAGAAGCUGAAGAGGUUGCCGGUGACGAUGGAGAAAAGAAAAAGAAAACUGCCGAGGGAGAGGAAGAGGACGAAGAAGCAAAGAAGAAAAAGAGAGAGAAGAGAAAGCAGGAGAGGCAGAACCAGCGGCAGAAAGACCGCUACCAGGAUAUCAAAGACCAUAAACGAAUGCAGUUCGCCUGCUCCCUGUGUAAAUUUCGUACCGUCGAGGAGGAGGAAGUGCAAGCACAUUUGGAAAGCAAGUUCCACAAAGAGAUUUUCAAAUUCAUCAACACCAAACUGCCAGACAAGACUGUCGAAUUUCUCCAGGAGUACAUAGUGAAUAGGAAUAAGAAAAUUCAAAAGCGCCGUCAGGAGCUCAUUGAUAAAGAGGGGCCCGUGCAGAAGCAAGACCCUUUCAAGGGUAUUGCCCAGGAGCAGUUCUUUAAGAGGAUCGAGGCAGCUCACUGCAUGGCGUGUGACAUGAUAAUCCCUGCACAGUAUCAUCUGCUCCAGAGGCACCUGCAUUCUCCUGAACACAUCCGGAACCGCAAGGGAAUUGCAGAACAGUUCAAGAAGUCCAGCCUGCACGUAGCGAAGAGCGUGCUGAAUAACAAGCACAUUGUCACAAUGCUGGAGAAGUAUUUAAAGGGCGAGGAUCCGUUCACCGAUGAGAGCGUCGACCAUGACGAGGAGCUGGACGAGAGCGUGGAGGGGGCUCCUGCAGGGGGCGCUGUGGCGGAGACGAGCGCAGCCGGGGAGAGGAAUGAAGAGGAGGGGAAGCCGGGGGCAGAGGCCGGCGCUGACGCCACGGCACCCAGAGAGGAGACCGCUGCGACGGAAGCGGGAGAGAGGGAAGGGACACAGGGGAAAGAGGGAGGGGAUGAAGGGAGAAAUGUGAUGAUGGAGGAGGAGGAGGAGCAGGCUGGUCCUGAUGGAGAGGAGGAGGAGGAGGAAGACGAAGAGGAUUUGGAGGAAGAGAACCCCAUGGCGUGAGAUGAUGCAUGUCGCAAAAACAGAUCUUUUAAUUAAUCCUUGUUAUAACAACCCUGUAGGUCUGGGGUGUCCAAUCACAUUUCACUCUAGGGUUAACAGGUAAGAUGAUAGGAUUACCUGCUUCGGGGUCUGGACGCAGGUUUAAUUGGUUCAAUUGAACAAUUUGGAACAGGGCUGGAACAAAGACCAGGAGUGGAAGGGACCGCUUUGGACACCCCUGCAGGAGCUGAACGUGCAUCAAACAGAAACAUAACAGCUGUAAAAAAAAAAAAAGAAUAUAGACGGCUUUAUUUUAUUAUGGGAGACUAUUUGAGUUUUUAUUUUAUUUUUUUUUAUUAUUCAGCCAUGUGAUUUUCAGUAGGUUCUGCGUUUUUGUGUUUGCAAACAAUCAGAAAUGUUACUGUUUUAAGGUUUUUGUUUGCAAGUUAAAUAAUAAAAAAGUGUAUAUACCUAUAAA